CGGGGUAAGGCUCGGGGUGGGGGCGGGGCAAGGCCGGGAGGCGGGAGCGCGGCAAGGUCCUGGGGGCGUGGCAACGCACGGAGGCGGGAACGCAGCAUGCAGGCGUUGGGGCCCCUACGCGUCGCCACCCGGGUGCGUCGGAGAGGUAGCCGAGUAGACGUGGGCCGAGCGCGGGCCUCGUGGUGUGAGGGCAGCUGUGUACCGAGCGAGCCCCUUUCCUCCGAUGUGGUUGGCAUCAUGGACAUAUGUGAGUCCAUCCUGGAGAGGAAGCGGCAUGACAGCGAACGGUCUGCGUGCAGCAUCUUGGAGCAGACAGACAUGGAAGCUGUCGAGGCUCUUGUUUGUAUGAGCUCCUGGGGUCAAAGAUUCCAGAAAGGUGACCUGUUACGGAUAAGACCCCUCACGCCUGUCUCUGACUCUGGGGAUGUCACCACCACUGUGCAUAUGGAUGCAGCCACACCUGAGCUACCAAAAGACUUCCAUUCUUUAUCAACUCUGUGCAUAACUCCUCCUCAGAGCCCCGAUCUCAUGGAGCCAUCGACAAGGACACCUGUUUCUUCCCAAGUAACAGAUUCCAAAGCAUGCACAGCCAUGGCCGCCCUCCAGUCCUCUGCUGUGGUGGCCAGAGCACUGAAUGGGGCGGUGGAGAGGGGCCUGCCGGGUUUGGAGCCAGUGCCCAGCUCUCUCUGCAGGGCCGUGGGGACCAGCGUGAUCCGACACACUGGGGAGAGCCCUGCUCCUGCCUGCUUUCCCACCACCCAGACUCCAGAUGGCCAGCUUUCUGACAGCAGAGAAGAAGAGCAACUUUUGGGACCCUUUGAAACUUUGCAGGAUGCACGCCUCACAGACUGUUUACUCAGCACUAACGCGGUGUCCUGUCAGCCUUGCUUGCACAAGCCUGGUGGCCUGCUCCCCACUGAUGGAGGCCAGCAGGCAGGGUGGCCUGGUGCAGUGCAGACUUGCUCACCAAAGAAUUACGAAAAUGACCUGCCCAGGAAAACCACCCCUCUGAUUUCUGUCCCUGCUUCUGCUCCCCCUGUCCUUUGCCAAAUGAUCCCUGUGACUGGACAGAGUGGCAUGUUCUCAGCUUUUUUGAAGCCGCCUCCCCAGUUGUCUGUGGGGACUGUGAGACCCAUCCUAGCCCAGGCUGCUCCAGCUCCACAACCUGUAUUCCUGGGACCUCCUGUGCCUCAGGGAGCUGUGAUGCUGGUCCUGCCCCAGGGCGCCCUCCCUCCGCCUGCCCCCAGUUCGGCCAGUGUUUUGGCUUCGGGGAAUACCAAGUUGUUGCCCCUCGCCCCUGCGCCAGUGUUCAUCGCCUCUAGCCAAAGCUGUGUCCCUCAGGUAGACUUUUCCCGAAGGAGGAACUACGUUUGCACCUUCCCAGGUUGCCGGAAGACCUACUUCAAAAGUUCCCACCUCAAGGCUCAUCUUCGCACUCACACAGGGGAGAAGCCUUUCAGCUGCAGCUGGGACGGCUGUGAUAAGAAGUUUGCUCGUUCGGAUGAGCUGUCUCGCCACCGCAGAACUCACACAGGAGAGAAGAAGUUUGUGUGCCCGGUGUGUGACCGGCGUUUCAUGCGCAGUGACCACCUGACGAAGCAUGCCCGCCGCCACAUGACGACCAAGAAGAUCCCAGGCUGGCAGGCAGAGGUUGGCAAGCUGAACAGAAUCACCUGUGCAGAGAGCCCAGGGAACCUGCUUGUGACCAUGCCAGCCUGCACCUGAAAGGUCCACUAGGAUGUUAUUCAUGGGGUUUUUAAAAGCCUCUUUUCAGGAAUGGAACUGAUGGAUUGCUCUCCCAUUGCCUUACCCCCAAAAAAUGGUUUUGAGGGCUUGGGAAGAUCGGGGAGCUGGUUUUGAUGAAGGUGUGUUAACUUUUCCACUUGGGACCCUGUUCAAUAUGUUUUGUAGUUUCAGAAGUUUUUUUUUUUUUUUCUUUUUAAAGAAAUGGUAGAAAAUUUGGUAAUCGAAAUCACCAGCAUUCAAACAAAUAUUUCGGCAAUAAAGUUUACAAAAUCUGGAUUUUUACAACCUUUCUAUGGAUGUUUUGUAGAAAUAAGACAGGGUACUAAUUUUUAUACUGUUUUUUAUAAAAAUAUUUAUAUUGGUGCUCAAAUCACCAGUUUCUAGAUAGAUUAUUUUGCAGCCUUCUUUUCAGUGUUUAAUAACAAAGUUUUUUAUGAUGACCCGUUUUAGUAAAUUUGACAUGUUACUCCACCAAAAAAAAUCACAGGUUAUCUGGCCUUUUAGAUCUUUUUGGAAUCGGAACUGGUUGAAUAAGGGCCUCUUAAAAGGGAAAAAUAAACUUUGCAAUCAGCUUCUUCAUAACAUUUUCAAGGAAAUUCUAGGCAGCCAUUCCUGUCACCCAAGAACUGUAAGUGUGGUUGACUAAAACUAGUGAGCUGUGUCCAUGGUGGGUCUUGUGAAGGAUGUACCCCAGAGAGCACCAUGAGCCACUGGGCACAUCCCAGGGAGCAGGAGCAGCUGCAGGCUGCAGUCUGUGUGGAAUCGUCUUGGCCAUGGCCCUGCUGAACGCAAACCAUUUAGUUUCUUGUUUGUACCUAAAACACCAAAAAAGAUAAAACACUCAAAUCCAGCCACUUUUCGUCAGUUGACUUGUUUUGCUGUGGCCUUAUCCCUACUACACUGUGGGUAGAGUAACUUCUCAGUGAAGAAGUGUCCAUGUUGGUGGGAUGAACUUUCCACCAGAGAACAGCUUAGCCGAGGGUGAGAUGCAUGUGCAGGCAGGCAGUGCCAAGGUUCUGCUUCCUCUAUUUACCAAAUACUAGAACUCGAGGAAAUGCAAGUUACGCUAAAUAGCAGUAAUACUACCCAACUGCCCUUUUGUCUUUUUUUUUUUUGAGACAGAGUCUUGCUCUGUUGCCAAGCGCCAGGCUGGAGUGCAGUGGCGCAAUAUCGGCUCACUGUAACCUCUGCCUCAGCCUCCUGAGUAGCUGGGACCACAGGCGCGUGCCACCAUGCCCAGCUAAUUUUUGUAUUUUUUAGUAGAGACGGGGUUUCACCAUGGUCUCAAUCUCAACCUCAUGAUCCACCCGCCUCGGCCGGAUUACAGGCCUGAGCCACUGUGCCUGGCCCUUUUGUUUGAAAGAAAUUGUUUUGAUCAAACAGAAUUACCUGGAAUGGUAUGUUUUACAGUCUACCUAGAAAAUAGAUGAUGGAUGACACUUUUAAAUGGUGUGAGCGCAUAUCCUGGAUAAGAGAAUGUGGCCACCUGCGUUCAGGAAGCCACUGAGACUGGUUCUUGCUAAACGGUGGAAGUUCAGGCAGUGGAAUAAGGGUAGAAGCAUGCAGAAUGCUGCACUGAUUGGUAGCCUGGGGAUUUGUUUUGAUUGUGCAGUAUGUAUGUAGCUUUUGUCUCUGCUGGUAAGUUAUUGGCAUUCAUCUUUGUUAAAAUGAUGGAAGGUGAAACACUGAAUAAAAUGAGGUUUUGUGUUUUGUUCUUUGUAGUCUGAUAAAAUCCCCACCUGGUCAUUCACUGUGUGUUACUUGGUACCCGUUAACUUGCCCCUUAGUAUCAGUUAUUUGACACAAAUGUGUAUGUUUUUAGGAGGCUUCCGUGUGUUUGUACACUCCCGUAGGUGGGUCCUGUCGUUAUGAGGCAGUGCAGCUGUGGGAGAGCCACAGCGUGCAUUGUUCCUGUGUCCUCAUCACCCAGUCCUUCCUUCCACUCAUCCAAACUGGCAUCAGCAUUUCCCACUAUGCUACAAAUGGCAUCAAAUUUGGAUUUUUUCUUAAUUAUGACAUGCAGAGUCGUUAGUCCUGCUAGUAUUCUGGUGGAUAAGGUCUUUGAGUAUUUGGUUGCAUAUCACAGAACAUUCUCCAAGUAGUGCUAUUUCUAAGAAAGAGCUACAUGUUGAAGAUGGUUUAAAUUUUACAGUUCCAUUCCUGAUUACAUUUGGAAAUGCUUUCUUUAAACCAUCUUCCUUCCCCCUCCAUUUGUCUGUUGAAAGGUUUUAAGUUGGAAAGAGUUCCUGUCUGAAAACUGUUCGAAGCAGCAGAACAGUUACCCUUGUUUGUGGAUUCUGUGUGGAGCCCCUCGGCAGCGGCUCUGGGUGCUGGAGGCUCCCGGAGAGGCAGGCCCCCCUAGUGCACUUUAUUGCCUGAGCAGUUUUGCUUGAUCUUUUGUGACUUUGAGCCUUUUAAGUAGUUUGAAUUGUAAGACUUAAAAUGUUUCAUGAUUAUGUUUUAUGUAACAGACUUUGACUUAUUAUUUAAAUGGGUAUGUGUAAUGUAACUUUUCUUUGAAUCAUAUAAAACUUGAUUUUAAACUG